AUGUGCCUCUUGCACGUGCAAUCAGACCAGAUCAGCCAAAAUGCAAGACUGGCAGCUGUCCAAUUCGCUGGGAAGUGGCAGCAUGCCCUAGAGACAUCAGCCUGCGCCACAGUGGACACUUGCGGUGACGUGGCAAGUUUGGGUGCUGCACACCAACUGUGUGCUUGGAGUGGUUCCUGCUGUGCCUCAGGUAAAAAUACCAUUGCCAGUGCUUGCCAGAAAGCCUUGGCCUGGUUGCAGGCCUGUGCGCUGAUCCUUGGAAUGGAAUCGUCAGGUUUGCAAGAGGACAUCGUAAGUUUCAACACCUUCAUCAGCACUUUGGAGAGUGAGAGCAUUUGGAGUCUUGCAGUGGAUGGGUUGCAAGUGGCCGGCCUACGACCCAGCCGCGUGACAUUUAGCACAUCCAUCAGCUCCUGUUCGAAAGCAACUGCCUGGCAUCAAGCACUUGAGCGGCUUCAAAGGCCAGAGGCCGAAUCUGAGAUCAGCUAUGGGGCUGCCCUCAGCGCCUGUGAGAGAGGCUGCAAGUGGCAACCAGCACUGCAGCUCUUGCACAGGAUGCCACAGAGGGAGAUGAUGCCACAGAAGGUAUGCCACAACGCGGUCCUGUCUGCUUUCGCCCGGAUUGGACUUUGGCAACCUGCUUCUCAUUUGCUCGACGGCAUGCGGGGCAGGAGGGCGGCCCCCGAUGAGGUUAGUAGCAAUGCCGCAAUCAGCGCAUGUGAGAAACGUAGCGGGUUGUGGGAUGUGAGCCUUGUGCUGCUUGGAGGAAUUGCCGGCCUCGCAGCCAAAUGCACCAGCAUCACGUUCAAUGCUGUGAUCAGUGCCUGCGAGACCGUCUUGCACUGGCCUCGCAGUUUUGCCCUGCUGCAACACAUGGCAUCAGCACCCCUCACCUUGCAGAAUGUCGGCUGCAACGCCGCUCUCGGCGCAUGCCAGAAGGCCUUGGAAUGGCAGCGUGCGUUGGGCGUUCUGCGUUUUAUGAGAGGUGUCGAUGCGUCAUUCAGUGAAAUCACCUGCAACGUGUCGAUCAAAGCCUGUGAGAAUGGUCGCUGGCGCCCUGCUUUAAUGCUACUGCAGUGCUUGCUCAUUGCAGCUUUGCAGCCAAGCGAUGUGGCCUACAACGCCCUGCUUGCAAGUCUUCAGGUUGCAGGACUCUGGCAGCAUGGUGUGGAAGCUUUUAGUGAUCUGGAGAGCAAAGACAUCUCACCUGACAUUACGACCUACAACUCGGUGAUUGGCCUCUAUGAAGGUGUUGCUCACUUUCGCAGUGGAUUGCCGCUGCAAGAGGCAAUGAACUCAUUGGCAAUCAGAAGCUUAAGAAGUAUGUAA